GUAAGUAGAUUUUUAGUUUCGGAACGCACUUCACCACUCCUUGUAUUUUAUUUUGGUCUGAACUUCCAGUUAGAUUAAAUUCUCAUUUCUGUAUUGAAUGAGUAAUUCAUAAUAAUGUGUCAUUCGUGCAAUAGACUAGUAAUGCAGUGGGUGUUACAGUUUUAACAAUAAUAUACAUAAGAUGAGACAAGAUACGUGAAGCAUGUCGGGCGGUAACGCGUCCAAGAACAAGGCGCGCUCCUCCAAGAGGCAGGAAGGCUGGGAGGAGGCGGGAGGGGAAUUCUAUCAGGAGCUAUAUCCUGGAGGUGAACAGGAACUGUUCGAAAACCUCCAGCGAGCUGAUGCAGCUAAACUCGCGACGCUUCUACCCUCCAAGCAGGCCAGGAAUACGACGACGGUGAAGCGCGUUAGAUCACAGAAUGAGCGACGGCAGUCGACGUUCGCGCGAACCACGCAGAGCCGGGAUAUACAUCUUUCUAUGUUGCCGGACCUCUCAGAAAAUCUAUCAAAUGAGGAACGUAGUUGGGAAGAAAUUAUGCAGAUUAAGGCAAUGCCACUGCCGAUGGGACAAAAAAGAGAAAUAAAAGCCAGACUUCAGAAUGCAACAAAACUUCGUUUACAAGGUCUGGAACAAUUACAAUGGAGGCAAAGAAAAGUUUGGCACAGAUUUAAAAAACGAUUUGCCGAAAUUCUAGCGAAAUUAGAACUCUGGCAAUCUCCAAUGCGAGUUAUCGAAGGGAAAUUCGGUACCGGAGUUGUCUCUUAUUUUCUCUUCCUAAGAUGGCUUUUCUUCUUAAAUAUUGCCCUUUCUCUAUUCAUAAUACUCUUUCUAAUUCUCCCUAAUUCUUUAAUACAAGAUGUAUGCGAUGAUUGCGGGGAAAAUUCCACUUUAUGCUGUUUUGACAACAUAACCUCAAAUAAUGUCGUUCUCGAUUUAAUCCAAGGUACAGGAUGGAUGGAACUUUCUAUGUUAUUCUACGGUGUUUAUAGUGAAAAAAUAUACGUUUACAAUCUACCCAAUUUAUGGGAAACUGACAUGUAUUAUAAUAUGCCUUUAGCGUAUAUUUUGAUACCAAUAUCUUGGGCGUUACUAUCUCUAGUCGCUAUAGUGAAAACGGGGGCUAAGGGUUUUAAAGAAAAACUAGUGGAAAACGAAGGGCAGUUUUAUUUGUAUUGUAAUCUAGUAUUUGGUGGAUGGGAUUUUUGCGUACAUAAUGGUAAAUCAGCUAAAAUCAAACAUAAAGCAUUAUAUAACGAAAUAAAAGGGUGUUUACAAGAAGAGAGGUAUAAAGAAGAGAAACAAUCGAGAACUAGAGAAGGGACUAUUCUUCUUCAUCUAAGAAGAAUUAUAAUUAACUUCUCCGUUAUAAUAAUACUGAUAAUAUCCGGUUUUAUAAUAUAUAAAACAUUCACUUUUUCGACAGAAACUUUGUAUAGAAAUACAGAAGAAAACGAAACUCUAUCAGAGAUUUACGAGAACUCAUUAAAUCAAGUCGAAAGUAUUUUGCUAGAGUUUCUCCCUUAUAUAACUAUUGUCGUUUUAAAUUUAUUUGUACCGGAAAUAUUCGGUUAUCUAAUAAACUACGAGAAUUACAAACCGCGUCAUAUUAUUCUGAUAACUCUUCUGCGCACAGUUCUACUAAGAUUAGCGUCUCUCGCGGUUUUAUUGAGUCAAAUUUAUAUGCAAAUUAGUGGAUUAGUUGAAUCUGAUAUACGAUCAGAUUGUUGGGAGACUUACGUGGGUCAGCAGUUUUAUAAAUUAUUGUUAACAGAUUUCGCUGUUCAGUUUAUUAUGACGUUUCUAAUCAAUCUUCCAAGAGCGUUUAUCGGACGCCAUUCUAAUAGCCGAUGUCUCCGAAGCAUCGGUACUCAAAGUUUUUACCUCCCUAAACAUGUGUUAGAUAUUGUAUAUAUCCAAACUAUAAUCUGGAUGGGUACAUUCUUCUGUCCCUUUCUACCAAUAAUAGGGACAAUCUUCUAUUUCCUUCUUUUCUAUAUUAAAAAGUUCAAUUGUCUUAUCAAUUGUACUCCUUCCCCUAUAUUGUAUAAAGCUUCUAAAUCGAAAUCGUUGUUCAUGUCAGUGUUGUUCCUCGGUUUCGUGAUAUCGAUAGUUCCGGUUGCAUAUUCGAUAGCUGAGUUAACGCCUUCAUCGAACUGCGGUCCAUUCAAAGGUUAUAAUACUGUUUGGGAUUUCGUUAUAAUAACGUUCAAUAUGUUCCCACCUAUUAUUAGAGAGAUAGUUUUUUUGAUAGGGACGUCUACUUUCGCGGUUCCAGCGUUUGCGAUAUCUUUAUUAUUACUAUACUAUUAUUGGGCAGUUGCAACAGCUAAUCGACAUAUGGUAUCAGUAUUAAGAAAUCAGCUUGUUCUAGAAGGACAUGACAAGCAGUUCUUGUUGAAUAGACUAAGUGCGUUCAUAAGACAGCAUCAGAAACGAUGCGAAAGACGGAAUAGAGCCAGUUUCGCGGAUGAUGACUCUUCCAUUAGACAAGGAUCUAAGUGAAUGUAAGUUAUACGUUUAGUAUGCUAAGUGAAUGUAAGUUACUGGUGUCCGGAAAUCAUAUGUAUAUAUCUUAAGCUUUUUUGUAUGGCGAAUUUGAAAGAAACUACAGUUUUGCAAUUUAAUUUGGAAAGCCCUGUAUAGAUUAGGCUUUUUUUUUAAUAUUAAAAUAUUCUAAAAUGCUCAAAAGCGAUGUUAUCCGGACAUCCUGUAUUAUAAAUAUGUACACAAUAUUAAUGUGAUAAAAUAAGUACAUUUUGACAGAUAAAAAAUCGAUAAGUCAUUAAAAGUAAUAUAAAAAAAUCGUAAAAAUAUCGAUACUUCGUUUCACAUCACUAGAUUUUUUGACAUCUGUCAAAGUGAGUUCAUUCAGAAUGCUAUUAUUUCGUAAUAGAAUUUAAUUUAUAAUAAAAUACGAUGCAAUUUUUUGUACAUAAUAUUCUUGGUAAUAUUUAAGUGUGCCAUUUUUUUUAUCAAAAAACCCGCGACCAUACGUCCAGUACAAUAAUCUAAUAAUAAUGCAAGUUUGAUUAAAAAACCUAAAUUAUACCAAUUUUAAUAAUAUUUUAAUAGUAAAUUCAUUUUUUAUUUG